CAUAGAAUGGGGUGUAACAUAAAUUUAUGGUAUUAUACAAAGUCACAAGUCUAAGGUUUAUAUCUGUCCUCUAAAAGGGCUUCAAGCCUUUCCAGCCAAUCAGAGAAGGCUUUACUGGGAUCUAGGUGAGUCCGUUGCUACAGCAACACACUGCAACGAAAGCCAGAGCGCCUUCAAGAGAAUGACUGAAGUUCGACCACAUCUCGGAGAUUCUGGCGCACAUUUGUCCAAAAUGAAAGCUGUUCAAGUUCAGAACAAAGCAUCACUGCUUUGUCAAUAUAAAGUGGUUGCAAAGGAGAAGAGACCAAGACGGAUGACGCCGUCAGCUUUCACCCAGAAAAUGCUGCAGUCCACAGAGGAGCGCCUGAAUAACACUACUGAGGUGAACCCGCCACGCAUCCUCGAGUGGUUUGACACGAGCAACACCAUUCAUCAAAAAUUUUCAGUGGCUCACCUGGAGCGACCACUUUUCCAGCCCUUCCCAUCAGAGCUGGUUUUCCAGAACUUCACUCCACUACAGACUUACAAGCUACCUCUGAUCCUCCUUAACAAUGACAAGGUUUUACGGCAUGUGAAACUGGAGCAGCCGGAGUCAGAGGACUUCUUUGUAGUGGGUCCAGUCAAUCCAGGCACCAAAGUGGCCCCAGGAAUGAGUAUUACGUUUACUGUUGGCUUCACUCCCAAGGAGAACAAGGACUAUGAGGACAAACUGAUCUGUGUGACAGAGAGAGAGAGAUUUGAGAUCCCAGUCCGUGCUAUCGGGCCUCGUGCCAUUCUGGACUUUCGAGAUGAGAUUUUGUUUCCAGUUUGUCUCGUGAAAGCCUCCACACAGAAAACUCACCUUCUCCGGAACAUCGGAAACAGCCAGGCGAAGUUCAAGCUGCACACUCAGCAGCCUUUCUCUGUAAAACCCUCCUCUGGGACUCUUGAUGUUGGCGAGAGCCUGCAGGUCACUGUGAGCUUCCAUCCCUUAACCGUAGGAGACCAUCGGGAAGAUCUACUUCUGCACUACCACACAGGUGAAGAUGUGUUCAUCAGUCUGUGUGGAUCCUGUGAGGAACUGAACAUCCACCUGGAGCCUGAGUGUGUCACCCUGAAGAGCACUUACAUCAGCCUGACAAACGUCCACACAGUAACGCUGACCAACAGCAGUGACACUACUCUGCAGUACUGUUGGACCAUGUGGCCCAGCCUGGAAGUGGAGGAGCAGAGCUCACAGAGGAAAAACUCAGCGCUCCUGCAGGAGGAGGAGGAGGAGGCAGAGGGCCGGGGGCUUUUCAAAUUUGAGUCUGGUUCCAGUGCGGCCCACCACUUCUCGGUGCCGUCCGGAGCCCUGGAGGAGAAUGACAGCCAAACUGAAGAGGACCAUCUCUUAGGCUUUUCAUUCGGCUGCAUUACCGUGAAUCCUUUGAAAGGUGAGAUAUGGCCGAACACCACUGCACAGUUCAGCAUCAUCUUUAAACCAGAGGAGGCCAAACUCUACCACCACACCGUGUACUGUGAUGUGACAGGCUGUGAAUCGAAUCUACCACUUACAAUCGUAGGGGAAGGUCUCGGACCUGAACUGGAACUCAGCUAUAGCCUGAUGGACAUGAACAAUGUUUUUAUCAGUGACAAAGACCAUUAUGAGGUGCAGAUGUCAAAUGUAGGGUUCAUUGAAGCUGUCUUCAGGUUUUCAGUGCCUGACACCACAUUCGGACGCUGCUUCUCCAUUUGUCCGGAGGAAGGUGUUGUUCCUCCUGGAGCCUGCCAGAACGUGGAUGUCAUCUUCCAGAGCAGCAACUUGGGAACUUUCUCAGAGGACUUGCUGCUAAAUGUAGAAGGACAGCCUCACCCUCUUACCUUGACCUUCAGGGGUUGUGUUAUUGGACCAACAUUCCACUUCAGUGUGUUUGAGCUGAAUUUUGGAGACGUAGCUUUUGGUUUCCCGGCUACAUCAACAUGUACCCUUUUCAACACAUCCUUUGUGCCAAUGGAUUUCUACCUUCGUGUCCUGGGGGACGGGUCAGGCCCUCCGAGUGUAAGCAGCGCCUGCCAAGUGUCCGAUUCGUCACGUAAGAACUGGAAAGACUCCGCUGCUCGUGUCCGGCCGGUGGAGUUUACUGUCAUCCCUGCUGGUGGCUCUGUGCGCGCCAUGUCUGAAGUCAACAUUAAGGUGACGCUUUGUUCGAACACGGUGAAGGUUUACCGACUGGCUCUGGUGGUGGAUGUUCUAGGUGUUGGAGAGGAAGUCAUGACUCUGCCCAUCAAUGCCAGAUGUGUUGUGCCUGAAGUUUUUGUAGAGCCUCCAGUUCUGGACUUCCAAAGAUGCUUCCUCCGUCACACGUACAAACAACAAAUAGUACUGACUAACCCCGGUCAUCUACCUGCCUGCUAUGGGAUUCUAGACCAGAAGCUUGAAGAAGACUCCUCAGUGUUUUCUAGCACCCCUGCACCCAGAGGACUGAUUCUCCCAGGCAGCUCAGUAGAGCUCCCUGUCCUCCUGCAGGCUCAGGCUGUCGGGCAGCUGCAUCACACUCUGCGUAUUGCCAUUUUUGGCAGUCAACAUCAACCACUGGAGGUGCUACUGUCAUGCUUUGGGCAGGGACCUGUGGUGCAUCUUCAAAACACACAGAUCCACUUUGGUAGAAUUGCAGUUCUGAAAGAUGUUGCUAGACCGCUGCAACUAUUUAACCAGUCUCCCAUUCCAGCCCACUUCACUGUUCAAAUGAACCAUAGAGGGUCAUUUUGGAGGGUUGAACCCAGUGAGGGUGAAGUGCCAGCAGAGAGCCAGGUGGUGCUAAAGGUGGUGGCUCACCUGAAGGACACUCUUCAGUUCCAGGACAAGUUGAAAGUGUCUAUCCGGGACAGUCAGACUCUGAUUGUCAGCGUGUCAGCCACAGGCACUGGCACCACGAUUGUCAGCGACAAGCCGUUAGGUCCGAACCUCGACCUAGGCACGUUCUUCAGUCAUGGGUUGUACCAGUACCACUUCAAGUUGACCAACCAAGGUCAGCGGGUUCAUCGAAUGUACUGGAAGAUUGACAGCACCCUUCCCUCUAAAAGACACAAAGAAAAGAGCUUACCGGAGAGAUCCUUCCUGCCCCCCAUCUCACCUGCCAGGCAGAGAGAUACUCAUGGGUCUUCACUCCCUUCCAGCAGAGAGAAACCAACGUUUAGCCUUAGCCCGUCUCGUGUUGAGCUUUUUCCUGGCUGCUCAGCUGACAUGGUACUGACAGCAACCUCAGACUUCCCCCAGGUUGUGCGUGAGCGUCUGGUGUGCCAUGGGAUUAUUGGUCGACAGGGCUCUCAGGAGACCAUCAUGACUGUGGAUCUUUCCUGUCGUUUUGUGGCCCCCAUUCUGAGUAUUUCAGCAAAGAAGUUGGAUUUCUUUAUAAAGAAGGUCAAAGGGGAGAAGCUGCUGCCUCUUUUUGAGAAGCUGCUCCUGAAGAAUGUGUCGUCUUUGUCUUUGUCCGUUGAGCUCAGACUUGCAGAACCUUUCUUUCUGUGUGACGCCUCUGGAGAGCAAAGCUCAGCCACAAGAAAGUCAUUGCUGCUGGGUGAUGGGAAACAGGCCGAAUUAUGGGUCUGUUUCAAUCCAAGUUUCUGUCAGGAUCGACAAUCACGUGUUGUGGAUGAGUAUCUUGACAUAAUGUACUCGGGACAUCCUCAACAAGAUGUGGUGGAGCUGCAUGCAGAGGUCCACUUCCCCAACCUCCACUUCUCCUCCACCAUGGUGGAUUUUGGUUGUGUGUUCAACGGCACAGAGAGUCACAAAGUGCUCACUGUCACCAACUGUUCUCUGAUGCCUGUUUCGUAUCGCUGGGCUUUUCUGGACAGCAACAGACAUCCAAAGAUCAGAAAGUCUGAGAUUGCAGAUGAAAGGAAGUGGAGGAAGAGCUCAUCUCCAGGCCUCCUUCCUGCUCUUUCUCCUUCUCCUCAAAGCCCCGGGCCUGAUAAAGAGGAGCAGAGGAGUGAGCUGCACCCUGUGUGUCUGGAAGAGGUUUUCGACAUCCUGCCGAUGUUUGGUGAUUUGCAACCUGGAGACGAGCAAUUUGUCACAUUCUCCUUCUUCGGCCAUAAGAACAUCAGCAGAGAGGUGGUGGCUCAGUGCCGCGUCAAAGAUGGGCCGACGUAUGAAAUCCAGCUCAGAGGGGAAGCCUCAGAGAUCCGAUACAGCCUAGAUUCCACCUGCUUUGACUUUGGUCUGCUGCCUUUUCAAACAAUUGGAGAAAUUGAUUUUACCUUGAGGAAUACUGGGAAGGUGGGCUUUGAAUUCAGCUUUAUAAACCCUGAGGCUGAUGAUGAGUCAAGCGAACAGAUGAAAAUGCUUCAAGAAGCACAGGAAGAGAUAGAUCUGGAGGCCCUGCAGGUCUGGCCUGGGAAACCCCUGGUUAUUCCAGCUGUGGGAUACAUUGAUGCCGGCACAGAGCUGCGUGUGCAUGUGCUCUACCUCCCUGGCAUCCCUGAGGGGUUUCAGAAGCAGCUUCAGCUGCAAGUUACCUUCUUGCCCCCAGAGGACAUCACUCUGAGGGGGAUGGGGGUCUUCCCAAGGAUUAGUCUGAAUUUACCACGAAACUUAUCAGAGGAUCAUUACAGCAACAUACUCGAGCAAGCUAAAGCUACAGUUGAGGCCGACAGAGAUGAGAACCCAGAGGCUUUGUGCACGUUCACGUAUGAAGAACUGCUUCACAUGGAAAUGGAGCAUAUCCUGAUCAGAGAAAAAGCUCUCAUCACAUCAGAGACUCUGCUGAAUCUCCACCAUUCACACAGCUUCUCACCAGAGUCGCACAGACUGAGCGAGUUGGAGCUCCCAGAAUACAUUUUGGAUUUUGGGUUUGUCAUUCCGGGCAAAGAUAUCAGUAAAACUGUGAAUGUCAUCAAUAAUGGACUCGUCCCAGUGUCCUUUCAUGCCAACUGCAAGAGACUGGCAGGGACAGGCUUUACAGCAGAAUUUAAAAAGGUGAAGAACCUGCCGUGUGGUGAGACUGAAACUUUCUCUGUUAAAUUUGACCCUCAAAGAGCCAAACUGAAGAUGGGCAACGCUUGUGUUAUUCUGCCAAUCCAGGUGUCAGGCGGUCCGGUUGUACGUGUACAGCUUUGUGCCGAGGUCACCAUGCCAACCAUCACAGUGUCUGAGAACACACUGCAGUUUGAUACCGUGCAACAUGGAAAUUGUCAGAUGAAGACCAUGCAGCUGUCAAACCAGCAGGGAGUGCCUUGUCGCUGGAGAAUAUCCGAGGAGAUAAAGCCAGUUAAAAAGAUUGAAAAGUUCCUACCUCUACACCUGCGCAGAAAAGCCUUGCUGGAGCAGCAGCCUCCCCCGGCUGCAUUUGAAUGCAUUCCCAGCUCUGGUGUGCUGUUCCCUGGUGAAAGAAGCAACGUCUUUAUCAAGUUUACUCCAGAUGAAGGGUGCUCUUACAACAGGAGACUACAGGUCUGCGUGGAUGACAGCACUCAGCAAGUGUUCAUAUCAGCUCAUGGUCAGGGCGAAGAACCGCAGCUCGAGUUCUGGCCGCCCAUACUGGAAAUGGAUCCCUGUCUUCCUUACUUCUCUGAGGCGGAAGCCGAGGUCACAGUCAGAAACCCUUGCUCCUUCCCUGUCGAGUUUUACUCCCUGGAAUUCGACACUCAAUAUUUAGAAGAAGAAAAGAUCCUUCGUCUGAUGGAAGAAUAUGAUGAGAACAACCUUUUGCUGCUUCCUCCAAGGCUCCCUGGAGAAGGCCUUCCGAAAGAGCUCCUGGAAUACUACAAAGAAUAUUCCUCUCUGCACAGAGAAAAUGAGAUAAAUGUGGGUUUGGAGGUGGAUGGAGCUGAAGGAAGAGCAACACAGGAGGAGGACAGGAAGUCAAAACAAAACAACGCUCCGACAGAGAUCCGUAACAUGAGUACCAAACUAGCCGAAACAUUUGUUUCAGAGUUGAGCAGAGAAGGGGGCAGUGGGAGAUUGGGGCAGUUAGAGAGGAGUCCUGUUUUCAGAGCUAUUGCUCGCCACAUGGGAUACGACCUGUCAACUGAUGCACUGAUGGCUCGCAAUCGCAGAGGCAUCGCAGUUAUUGUGUAUGGAGCCCCUCUGACGGAUAAGAGCAGAACAGCAGCAGCUCUGUCACAUCGGUACGGGGCAGCAUGCCUGAGCAUCGAUGAUGUGGUCAAAAAUGCGAUUCAUAAUGGAACCUCAGCUAUAAGCAUCACGGCACGAAAGAUAUAUGAGGCUGCAACUGCAAGGUGUGCGCAGAGGAGGCCUGCUCAAGUGGCUGAUGCUGCUGAUCCCAGACCUGCAACACGUCUGGAAACCACACUUUCAUCCUCAAUUUCAGCUUCACUUGAUUCUGUGGAGAAUGAGGCCACAGCUCAGCUGGUCACUGCCGACACUUCAAGUGUCUUCUGCCCGGGAGAAGUGAACCUUUGCAGACUCCUUCCUGAACAGCUGCUCGCUGACAUCUUGGCUGAAAGAUUUCAGCUAAGAGAUUGUCUGCAUGGAGUUGUGAUUGACGGCCUUCAGUCAGCGUUCACUCAUUCUGCAUCGAGCGCACUGUUGGUUGUUCUGAAGGCCCUCAGUAACCGCAAACACAUCUAUGUGGUCAACCUUUCUGACUCUUAUGAUGCUCUGAAGGAACGGGAGAGACAGCAAAGAGAGGCCGAAGAAUCUUUGCAGAGGCAGAGAGAUGAACGGGAGGAGAGGAGGCUACAGGAUCUGGAUGAUGAGGAAUACGAGGCUCUGUCAGAAGAGGAGAAGGCGCUCGUUCAACAAAUACACAUGAAAAGACUCCAGCAAGAGAAAGCCAGGCAGCUUGAGCAACUGGCAAAAGAAAAAGAAGAAAAGAGGAAACAGGAGGAAGAGAUGCAGCGACAGAAGGAAGAAAACAUGACGAGGAAGAGCAAAAAAGGGGGAAGAAAGGACAGUAAAGACUCAACACGAAAGAAAAACUUUGAAGCGGGACAUUCUGCAGUGAGUGUUCAAAGAAUGUCCUCCGGCUGCAACUCUAAGGAGUCUUUUACAGAUACAAGAGAGCAACUCUCAAAUGAAGUUUAUGCAGAUCAUCAAACCAAAGAGCAACAUGAUUUAUCCAAGGGGCUGGAGGAUAUGAAACGUUUACAGACAGAGUCUCCCAAAUCCGCAGACAAACUGGAGAUAGAAAAAACUUCAGACAUGAAGAGAAAAGAAGAAGACAAAGACUUGAACCACAUCACAGAGGAAGCAGAACAAAGAGAAGUCAGUGGACCAGAGGAACACUUGAUGGAAAAAGAACAACUGAUCAUAAAUGAAGGGUUAAGCAUUUUGAAUGAAGACAAUGAUGCUGUUGAUCCACAUAUGACAACAGGAGAGACCCAAACCAAGACUUCUCAACAUUUACCAAAGUCAGAGGAAGAAAAGCCUGUUGUGGAUGAGUUACAGUGUCAGUUCAACAAAUAUGAGCUGAGCCAGGUUGAAGUUGGGCAUAUUCUUCAGCACUGGGACCGAGCCAGGGGCCUGUUGCUGGCCCCUCUUAACCCAGGUGAAACCCAUCCAUGGUUGGAGGAAUUCUCAACGGGAAAACAGCUCCCUGGUGCUGUUAAGAAGAGUAAGAAGGGAACCUUCAAAACUCUUUCUCCGGUGCCUACUCAGAGAGCAGCAUCAGCUGAAGCCGAUUACAAGGCCCCCUUACUCGCCAUCCCUCAAAUUAUCUUGAAAGUAAUGGAGGGAGACAGAGAAAGUACCACAGAACUGCUCUGCAGCACCCUCCCUCCACCUGAUGAGGUGUUGGAAGAUUUGGGAUUGGGACCAUGCGGACCACCGAUUCCCCCUUCCACUAUGUUUUCUGUUGUUCCUUUCCCCCCAUACAGAGACCAAAUCAAAGUUCAGCAGACAUGCUUCCGCUUCCUGCUUCCUCCCUCCUCAGAUGAGGAAGAAGAGAGCAAAGAUGUGGAAGAGGAAACACAAUUAUUUCUAAAGGAGGGGUCAACAACCUCUAAAAUUAUCAAAAAAGGCAGUCUUAAAGACAGCACAGUGCCAAAGGAUAGAGAUAAAAAGGUCAAAGAGGUCCAGAAGAACAAGAGGAUGAAUUACAUCAAGACUAGAGAAAAAAGCUCAGACGGGUCAAGAGAAGAAAGAAGCCUGAGCACAUUUCGCUGGGUAGUUCCAGCUGGUGGAGAGGUGGCUCUGAGGAUCUGGUUCUACUCAGAAACACCAGGAAAGUUUGAACAGAACUUCAAGUUUGAGCUUGUGGGGACCAGGAGACUCUACCAGCUGAGCUGCAGGGGACUCUGCUGCUUCCCUUCGAUCUGCAAAGACUAUAUGACCUUGUUUGCCAACAGCAGGAAAGUGCCGCGACCACAGAAAGGACUUCAGAGGUCCUAUGUGAUCAAACCUGGAUACUUUGAGUUUGGGCCUUUACUCUGCAGCAAAAGCAGAGACAGGUACAAGGACGGCAGAUAUCCAGAAAACACGGUGAAGCUUUUUAUUCAGAACAACUCCAGUCUAGAGGCAGAGAUCUGCUUCAGCUUCCAACAUGACACUCAUGCUGCUACAUAUCUGCUGGACCCCCCAACUAUGACACUCAAACCUGACCAGAAGCAGGAGCUGAUGGUCUGGGCUUACCCAACAAAACAAGGAGAAAUGAAGGACUGCAUUGUGUGCCAAAUCAGGGAUAAUCCUGAGCCUGUUCUCAUCAGUCUGUCCUGCUGGGGCGUCCGGCCAGAGCUGGAGUUAGACAACAAGCACUGGCACUUUGGAAAGGUUCUGGUACACAGGGAGGAGAGCCGUAGUGUGAAUGUUGCCAAUAAGACAGAUCUGCCGGUGGGCUGGAGGCUUCAGGGUGUGGAGGAGUUAGGUGAUGAGUUUCUGGUGCCACAGGAUCAGGGCGUCGUCCCACCCAACACCUCGGUCCCCAUAUGCAUGAACUUCAAAGCCAAGAAGCCUCUUGCUGUCAAGAAGACCCUACGUUUGGAAGUGUCGGAUAUGGAAAAUAUUCUUGGAAUUGUUCAAACUGAAAACAUUAUUGUCUCUGCUGAAGCCUACAACAUUGAUGUGGAGAUUACACCAGAUUGCAUCCUAGACUUUGGGAACAUCAGAGUGUCUGAAGAGGUCAAACUUCCCCUUAGGCUGAAGAACAAGGGAAAGUAUUCCUUAGCUUUCAAGCUUGUGUUUGAUCAGAUCGCCCCUAAAAGGCCAAAGCUGGACUCCAUUUUCACGGUGUCCCCCCAGAGUGGUACUCUAAUGCCUCAAGACAAGUCUAUAGGAUUGUGGGUCACCUGCAGACCAAAUAAGGAAGUCCACCUCAUUAAACAGCCCAUCCUGCUUUGCCAGGUGAUUGAUCCUAACGUUGGGAAAGAGGACAAAGUCAUUGCAGUCAUAGAAAUCAAGAUUUCAGUCCAGUCUUUCCUCUCCAGAUAUAAGAUCACACCUGCCUACGACAUCAACUUUGGCCCACUUGUUUAUGGCUCUAAGAAAAGCCAGACUCUCACCAUUGAAAACAAAGGAGUCUUUGAGUUCAGUUUUGUCAUCACGUUGACGGACCAAUCAAAACCGGGGGGUUCAGCUAAGAUCACAGUUGGAGACGGUGUUUGUGCAAAACCAGUCAAUCCCAGUCUCAAACAGCGAAAAGAAUCCUUCCAGAAAGACUCAAACAUUUUUCAGAAUCGACUCAGCAUGGGGGUGUUCUCACUCCUUCCGUCCGCGGGAUGCCUGCAUCCUCGAUGUCAGCAGCUCAUCACCGUGGACUGUUCAGCUGAGCAGCUGGGCUCCUUCAGCCAGAGUUUGCUGAUUGACAUCAGCGGUCGCGACCCUUCAGACCACAACAGCGGCAUUCCAUACAGACUGCUGGCUGAAGUCUGCAGGCCAGGCAUUCUAUUAGACAUGACCUCCAUCUUUGAGGAGCACCAUCUGUGCCCGCACAGCGGCCAGCUCUCCUCUGAACCGUUCUGCAACGCUGCAGGCGUUUACGUCCUGAAUGAGAACAAGUUCAUCUUCAACAAGGUCCUAGUUGGUCAGACUGCCAAGGCCCGUUUCAGACUCACCAAUAACAGCAAGGUCCCCUGUGUGCUCAGCUUGGCGGUCAGAAAUGUCGGCGCUAAGGUUUUUCGACACGGAGAUGUGUUCGAUUUGGUUGCUUCAACCCUAAGCGUGCCCAACCAGUCACAUGCAUUUGCUGUUGUCACCUUCACUCCUCAAAGCAUUCAGCAGUACAGCGCUGUGUUUGAGGCCACAAUAGAAGGAGCCUCUGGAAUGGCUACUGCUCUGAAAAGCAAAGUGCUGGAGUUUGAAGUGAUUGGAGAAAGCACUCUUCCCAGUGUCUGCGUUCUGCGCCCAGCCCUGAAAAACAGCACCGGAAGUCCACUGCUGCAGUUCAGGCGGGUUUGGGUUGGACGAAAAGUUACACUCCCUCUGAUUUUGCUAAAUGAUGGAAAUGUUCCAGCUGAGGUCCAGAUUGACAUGCCUGAUAACGACAGAGUUUUUACCCUGAAAGCUGCUCCUAAAAAGACAAUCGGCUCCAUCCCGUCCCUGCAGCCGGACUCUACUGCUGAUUCAGAGCCUCAGUCAGCGCACAGAGCCAUCCUGAAGAUAAACCCCGGUGAAACAGCUGAAUUUGAAGUUACCUUCUGCUCUAAUAAACCACUGAGUGUCAAAGCAAAGAUGUCAGUGCAGGUGAAGGACAACCAGUACAGCAGCGCCAUGAUCCAAGUGACAGGAGAGGCUUACCAGGAAGUGGUCUCUCUGGAUAACAUCAUGUCAACUCAUGAUGUUGAUGUGGAAGAAAAGGAUGAAGGUAAUUACGAGCUCCUGGAUUUGGGGGACUGCCAUGUGGACCAUCCACACCACAGACAUUUCACCAUGACUAACCACAGCAGCAACCAGGCACUGAGGUUUGAGUGGCCUCCCAGUGGACAUCAUCUUCACUUUUCACCACAGGUUGGGCACCUGCAUGCUGGUUGUUCUAAAGAAGUGACUGUUACCUUCAGAGCCAGUCAGCCAGUGAUUCUGAAGAACCAUCCAGUUAAAUGUAAGGUGUGUCAGGUGGAGUUCCAGCAGCCGAUAGAGAAAGUGAGUGACUGGGAUGACCGGCAGAAAACGGUUCAGUGGCAGAAUGCUUCAGAAUCGACACAGCAACAACCUGUUAUAGAGACCGAUCCAGAGCCCAGCUGCUCUGUGGUUGAAGGCUCUCAGCUGGAUUUGAAGUUAUGCAUCAGCGCAGUUUGUGAUUAUGCCAAGUUCAGCUGCAGCAGCAACCCCAUUCACUUCAAAGACACCAUGCUUUUCCAAACCAGGGUCCACCACCUGCAGUUAACAAAUGAGGGCCGCGUCAAAGUGGAAUUCUCCUGGAAAGUUUUCAUGGGAUCAAACAGCAGUGUUGUGAAGCAUCAGGAAGGAACUGGAAGCUCCCACUCUCCACCUGGCAGCAGAUCAGAUGGACCUGCAGUCCGUCCCUCCAGUGCUCUGGCCAGUGUGAUGUCGUUCCUGAUAACCAGCCCUGAGCUGCCUCCGUUCACGGUGGAACCGAGCAGCGGCACCAUCAAUCCUGGAGUAACACAGACCUUCACCAUCCGCUUCUCACCUGUGGAAGUGACUCGGUUUCAGGGAGAGCUGCUAUGCAGUAUUCCCAACCUUGAGGAUGGGAGUGGAGCUCCAUGUAUCCCAGUUUAUGGUUGCAGUCUGUUGCCAUACUGUCAUUUUGACUUGGAGGACUCAGACUACCUGAGCCAACGCAGUCCUGAUCUCCAGGAUCCGGUUAACCCAAACACCAGAGUUCUAGAGUUCAAAACUGUCGGCCUUUUGGCAGCAUCUACAAGAUGUUUUAACGUUCUAAACACAACAAGUAAGGUGUACUCGUUCCAGUGGAGGUGUGAGGACACAGAGACCGGCCCCUUCAGCUGUCUGACCCCUAGUGGUUCUAUCCAACCUGGGAAAAAAGUGGAGAUGUGUUUUGAUUACCUACCAGAGCAGCAAGACCCAGUGGAGUCGUUCUGGAUCUUUCUGGUUGAGAGUCUCUCACUGAGCCUUCCCUUCCUGUUGGUGGGCACAGCCAGAGAGCCGCUUGUCUUUCUAAACACCCCCCACCUGGAUUUUGGGGAAGCUCUUGUAGGUCAUAAAGUGGAGAAUAUAGUUGAUCUGGUGAACAGAGAAGAGGAGGCAGUCCACUUCUCCAUCCUGCAGUCAUCUCUUCUCUCUGAAGAUCAGCAGUCAAGCCUCAUUCUGCAGCCCAUGACUGGAACAGUAGCAUCCAAAGAUAGAUUACCCCUGUCCGUGUCUUUCACGCCCUCCGUGGAAGGACCUGUUAGUUUCAGACUGAAACUGAAGGUUAAGAAGAAGUCGGAACCACUAACGCUGACUGUAAAAGCCGAUUGCUUCGCCAUGAAUGCUUUGCUUCAACUUGGAAAAGCAGAUGAGCCCUUCAGAGAGAUUGCUCCCAACCUCCAAGAGUCUCUGGACUUUGGGACGGUGGGGGUUUUAGAGCUUUCCGUCUCUAAUUUCUUGGUGACCAAUCUUGCUAGAUUCAUCAUGGAAGUGAACUUUGAACUCACAGGUCCUGCAGAACUCCUGCAGGACUUAGAAACAAAACCCCAAACUGCUGUUGUUAAAGUUGGGAAGCAGCUGCAGGCAUCUCUCCUCUUCUGUCCUCGAAGGAUUUGUAUCUUGCAAGAUGUCCGACUGGUCGUCAAGGUGAAGCUCGGGCCAACAUUUAGCUUCAUCAUUAAAGGUCAAGCUGUAGCACCGAGCCUUGAAUUCUCCUUCACCAAGUUCAGCUUUGGGAAAUGCUUCAUCCACUGUCCUGGGAUGAAUCCUCCAUCCCAAACACUGAAGAUCACCAACAAAAGCAAAAGAGACAUCAGCAUCGAGUGCCAGUUCAAGAACACAGAUUAUCUUCAGGUCCACUUCAAAGCUGAUGUUCUAUCUCCUGGAGCUUUAAUGGAAGUGCCGGUCACCUUUUAUCCUCGUAAAGAAUGCAGAUACCAUGAAAAGCUGACCUUCCUCUUUAACAGUUGCAUUCAAAAACAGGUGGAGAUUCUGGGUCAAGGUGUUCAGAUAAAGCUGGAAGUGGAGGAUCGGAGACACAAAAAGCUGAAACUGGGAACUCUGUUGGGACAGACGGUGAAAAAGCAGAUCGUUCUUGUCAAUCACAGCAGCAUCAACCUUUCUUUCACUCUGACUGUCAACACAAAUGCACAACUGGAUCCAAAGGAUCUGUCUGUGAGUCCACCAGGAGAGCUGAAGCUGAGAUCCAACGGCGGUUUGUGCACAGUGGAGAUCCGCUUUUCGCCUCGCCAGCACAUUCCUCCCUUCACCGCCGAGCUGCAGGCCGAGUUGGCAGACCUGUUACACCCCCUGCUGACCAUUCAGGGCUGCUGCCAGGGAGUUGAGGUGAAACUAGACCCGGACCAGCUGUCCUUUGGAGCUGUGGUGCAGCGUUGUCAGAGCAGAAAGAGGACUGUCAUGGUGAACACAGGUGACAUUGGUGCCAGGUUCUUUUGGAAGACUGAGAAUUUCCCUGCAGAACUUUCCAUCACACCAGCGAAGGGGUACAUCAGCCCAGGGAUGGAAGUUCCUCUCGACGUAACGUUUGCACCUGUGGAGCUCAGUAGUGACAGCAGAUAUGAGAAUCUGUGUUGUUCUGUGGAGGGCUCGUCUUCUCCCCUCACUCUCACUGUCACGGCCUCCUGUGUCACGGCCUCCACAAACAAAGAGAUGGUGAAUUUUGUUUGUUCCGUGCGCAGCUCUGAAACCAAGAGCCUGGCCGUCAUCAACCCUACAAACCAGCGCUGCAGGAUCUCACCGGUUGUUGAGGGCGAGCAUUGGACUACAGCCGUGCUUGUGACCUUUGAACCCCACCAGAACAAAACUGUUGAUGUGACAUAUCGGCCACUGACCAUGACUACAGAAGAAAAGAAACACCUGGGCUCCAUCUUUUUCUCCUUCCCCGACGGCAGAGGCAUGCUGUACUCGCUGCAGGGAACAGCUGAUCCGCCCAGAGCAGAGGACAGCAUUGUGAGAGAGAUAACUGCUAAAGCGCCGCACACAGAGCUGCUCCAUGUCAACAACUGGCUCCCAAGGCAGCAGCGGUUCCAUGUGCUUUUAGAGAUGGUGAAACCAGAAAAACACGAUGCUACGGUGUCCCUGAAGGGUCCCUGCUACAUUGAUGUUCCUGCUCUGUCAAAGAGAAGCUACAGAAUGUGUUUCUAUGCACACAGAGAGGGGCAGUACAACGCCAAGGUGACGUUUCGUAACAAAGUGACGGGUGAAUUCUUGUUCUACCUCGUCACCUUCAAACUCACGCCUCCAGGAGUCCUUUCCACCGUGGAGCUGCUGACGGCAGCUCGUCGGACAGUCUCAGGCUCUGUAACCUUAGAAAACCCACUGAGCACACCCAUCUGCUUCACCUCGGAGUGUAAAUGCUCCGACAUCUUUGCCCCCUCCCAGAUCACUGUGCAAGGGAAAUCCAAGGGUGUUUUGAGCUUUGAAUACCAGCCGCUGACAGCAGGCGAGUCCACGGCACGGCUGUCUCUAACCAGUUCUGAGCUGGGCGCCUUCCACUACGACCUGCUCCUCAAAGCACUGCCCCCUCCCCCAGAGAAACCUGUGCACUUCAGUACUUGGCUGGGCAGCAGCCACACGGCUUCCGUCAAAUUCCUCAAUUACUCCCGCAGUAAAACUGAAUACUCAAGCAAGAUCGAUUGUCCCGACUUCACCGUGAACAAAACUGUCGUUGCUCCUCCGGGCCUCCAGGUGGGGUCAGAGGUCAGCGUGGAGGUGUGUUUUGAGCCCCACCAGCUUGGCGAAGUGAAAGCGGACCUCAGCCUGUCCUCUGGGAUUCACGGGGAGUACAUCUUUCCCUUACAUGGGGUCUGCCUCCCCCCUAAAGCUCAGGGUCCACUUAGCAUCAAGGCAGGUCACAGCAUCACCAUCCCCUUCAAGAACGUGUUCCUGCAAAGUGUCUCUUUCACCACUCAGGUGGACAACCCCUGCUUUACCGUCAAAGGACCAGACAGCAUCAAACCAAAGAAGAUCCAGAACAUCCAAGUUUCCUUUGAGGUUCCUGAUGGAGAUCCUGCUAGGGAAGCGUGGUUUGGAAAGCUGACUGUUUCCAGCGAGUGCUCCGAGGGGCGCAGCAAGCCUUGCUCAUGGGUCUAUUACCUGAAAGGUUCCCAGUGAUUGUAAAUGACCCACAACAGGAACCAGCUGAUCUUUUUUAUUUUUUGUACUAACUAUAAUAUAUGAAUGUAUUAAGAAUGCCAAAGCUGCAUUCCUUGACUUAAUAAAUUCUUUAGAAGUC